AUGUCCUCCCCAAAUACUGAUACCAUGAUUCAAUACUUCACCAUAAACAACUUCAGAUUCCAAGAUGGAACUACCCUCCCACAUGUCCAACUCGCAUACCGCGAAUUCAACCCAACAAGAACAAAAGUCGCUCUCAUCCCUACCUGCUUUCGCGGCCGCAUCAACUCAACCCUCAACUUCGCCAACGGUGCAUUGCGAGACUAUCGAGUUAUAGUGGUAGCUCUAUUCGGCAAUGGCGAAUCAUCGAGCCCAUCAAAUACGUCAAACUUCCCGCAAACCCUAGACUAUCGAGACUGUGUUCACGCACAACACAAGCUCAUAAGGGAGCAUCUACGACUCGACAAGAUUGAUGUCAUGAUGGGAUUUUCUAUGGGUGGUCAAUGUACUUACCAUUGGGCAGCUAUACACCCAAGCAUGAUCAUCAAUGCGAUCAUCAUCUGUUCAUCGGCCAAGACGAGUUUACACAAUUAUCAAUUCUUGGAAGGACCCAAGGCUGCGUUGGAGAGUUCUAUUGAUUACAUUGGUGGGGAGUUUCGAACAAACAGAGCCUCUCCGCCGCUACGUGGAUUACAUGCCUUUGGUCGCGCAUACUCUGCGUGGUUGACAAGUGCCGGAUGGUUUGAGCAACGCCUCUUUGAGAAGCAAGGAUACAAAUCACUGGAUGAUUGGGCCAAUGUCGUUGCUGGAACGAAUUACAACGAUUGGUAUCCGGAUGAUUUAUUAGUGUUGCUGGGUAUGUGGCAGCGGUCUGAUAUUGGGGUUAGUAUGGGCUCUUCAAAUAUGGAUGGGAAUGUCAUUUCUGUGUCUGAAGCUCUGGGCCAAUUGAGUGCAAGGUGUCUUCUCAUGCCAUGCCAGACCGAUCAAUACUUUACAUGGCAGGUUAGUGAGAGAGAAGCUAAACAUCUAAAGAAGGCAGAGGUGGCUGUUAUCCCUUCGGUUUGGGGACAUGUGGCUGGAAGUGGUGCUAAUCCGGAGGAUAACGAUUGGAUGGAUAGUAGAAUUUCUCAAUUCUUAGCUCAGACAGACUAA